AGGCGGGGCGGGAGACGGUGUGAGGCGGGGCGGGCAGUGCCGCCGGCGGCGUCCGCGGUCCACUGCAGUAUUGAUCGGGUCGGUCGGCUGUCGCGGUCGCACCGGAUUGUCCGUCGGCGCGCCGUCAGUGUGCACGGCUCGGUGGCACUGGCGACUGUCGGCUUGACAGGCUGAGGCCGCGGCGGCUGGUCCGUGACCCGUGCGGUGUGCUGCAGCCAGCGGCCGGCAGCCGUCCGACAUGGCCGGUGAGGGGCGGCGUCCCACCCUCUCGGCGCUGCUCAGCGGCCGGCCUAAGUCAGCAGCGCGGCCGACGCCGGCGCUCGUCAUUACCGACGGAGCGCAGAGCUCGGCGUCGUGCCGAGACGGAGUGAGUCCAGCCUCCAACAGCAGCGCCGUCCCGGAGAGCGGCAGCCCGACGCAGGCCCGGCCGGAAGGUCCGCACAGCCGUCCGGCGCGCACCGAACCUGGAAAAGAGGUGACGGCCCAAACUCGCAUGAAGAAAGUUCGAAAGGCAAUAUUUUCAAAGAGAACUCGAAAGGUCAUGUGCGGAAGCGUUAUAGCCAUCGGCAUUACCAUCUCAUGGGUUGGAGCCACUCAAUUUAUCAAAAUAACCUAUUACGGCAGCCAAGCAGGCCUCCCGAAUCAAACCAGCGAUAUUUUCCGAACUCUUCAUCGGGGAGGCAGCUACGAUGCGCCGUUUUUCACCACCUGGUUCUGCACGGCCUGGACCAGUCUGUUUUUCCCGGUGUACUGCGCGCUCCAGUGUCUGCACUGCAGCGGCAAGGACCAGCCCACCGGUGGCCCACUGCUCGAGGCCGUCCGCCACUUCAGAGACCGCGGCUUCACAUUCGCCCAGUUUACGUGCCGGACGCUGCUGCUCUGCCUCCUCUGGGUAGCCACCAACUACCUGCUGAUCCGGUCACUGCGUGCGCUGGCCUGCACGGACGUGGUCGCGCUCUACUCUACCCACGCGGCGUUCGUCUACCUGCUCUCGUGGGUGGUGCUGCACGAGCAGUUCGUCGGCGUCCGGAUAGUGGCGGUGAUCCUGUGUAACACCGGUAUCGCCCUGCUGGCCUACAUGGAUGGCGUGGCCCAGACGCCCACACUGGGCAGCGUGGUGAUGGCGGCUGCCGGGGCGGCGUGCUCAGCAGUCUAUAAGGUGCUGUUCCGCAAGUCGAUGGGCGACGGCAGCCUGGGCUCGGUGUGCCUCUUCAUGAGCCUGGUGUCCGUGCUGAGCACGCUGCUCCUCUGGCCGCUGUUCGUCGCACUGGCGCUCACUGGACUGGAGCCCAUCACCUGGACUCGGCUGCCCUGGCUCGAGCUGUGUGCCGCCGCCGGCCUCACCCUCAUGUGUAACCUGCUCAGCAACUUUGGUGGCCUGCUGACGUACCAAGUGUUCAUGGCCCUCGGACUGGUGAUGGCUGUGCCGCUCUGCCUCGCGGUGGACACCGCCUGGAACGGGGCGGAGUUUCGAGACAUGCGGCUGGCCGGCAUCACACUGGUCGUGUGCGGCUUCUUUCUGGUGCUGUUCCCCAGCGACUGGUCGGGCUACCUGGCCGCCCUAAUACGGUGGGGCAGGCGGCAGCACGGCACCGACCACCAGUCCACUGCCGGCCCCGUCGACUACCGCACCGGCGUGAUCUCACGCUCUCGCCUGCGCUCUUCGGCCGGACACGUGCGGUAGUGCCCCCCCCCCCCCCGUCCCGCCCGUGUCGUUCCCGUCGUUGGGGUGCCACAAAGCACCGUACUUCCACGUCCAGCAUGAUUCGGUCGCAUACCGGCGCCAAUUUGUGUGGGGGGAUGGCCAGUCGUGGGAGAGCGGUCACUGGACAGUGGUCAGUCGUGGGAGAGCGGUCACUGGUCAGUCAUGGGAGAGCGGUCACUGGUCAGUGGUCAGUCGUGGGAGAGCGGUCACUGGUCAGUGGUCAGUCGUGGGAGAGCAGUCACUGGUCAGUGGUCAGUCGUGGGAGAGCAGUCACUGGUCAGUGGUCAGUCGUGGGAGAGCAGUCACUGGUCAGUGGUCACUGUCAGUCGGGGGCCAUCCCUAGCUGGAGUGGCUGCUGAGCUGGAGGACGCUUGGCCGGCUAGUCUGUUAGCUAGUUGCUGCGUGGGCGCUCUUUGCCGCCCUCCGGGUGCCAGGUGGUACGUCUCGUGCAGAGUCAGACGGCGCGUCAACUUUGUGCUGCCGGUGUAGAAAUUCGGUAACUUGUUUCGGUUGUUUGUUCCUCAGUGCGCUUAUUAUGUGUGGUGCGGACGGGACGGGCUGAACCGAGCCGAACCAGCGUUGGCAGUGGUUACUGGUUAUGGCCUCACACUAAUGUGAUGUCGUUUUGUAUUGUAUACUACGUACAUGCACAUUGCACGCUGAUGAGGUGGCUGCAGUCAUGCUGUACUGCGUGUACGAUUGCGAUAACUGGCUGCCGCGUCGGCGCGCACCCCACUCGUGCGAGCUGGCGGCCAUGUACCUACCUGCCUACAUAUGCAAGGAGGCAAAUGUAUAUUGUAGAUGCUGGCAUACCUGCAAUUUGGCGGCUAGCAGGCCACUAGUUGUACUCGGGCGCAGUACUAUCAGGGCUUCGUAGCUAUAGCAGCGCAUCGGCGGUCGGCACGGAGCGCUCCAAAGUGGUCUUCAAAAUCACUUUCAGGCCCAUCGGCUAUUUUUCCUCGAUAAUUUAGUCACACGCCGUAGAAAUGCAUAGAAUAUUCUCAGGAUCGCUUGUCAUUUGCGAUUAAAAGGACCGGCUCCCACCUUCAAAAAAGUCAAUAAAUUGGCAUGAAAGUGA